AUGUCGGACAACGAGCCUGACCUUGAACUGGACCUAGAAGAAGAGUACGAUAGCAAUGACGACAUAGAGAUGGCGCAGCUAGAAUCUUUAGUAACCGACGUGGAGGACUAUAAAUACAAAAUACUGAGCCCAGAUAAAAUAGUCUCCGAGAUGAUAGAAAAAAUAAAAUCAGUGAACUUGAUUCUUCUAAUCCCUAGCACAACCGCCAGAAUUUUGUUGCACCACUUUAAGUGGGACGAAGAGAAGCUCUUGGAAGACUAUUUUUCCAAGGAUAGAGCCGCCAUCUUCAAGGCGGCUGGCCUAGUAGACCCUUCAAGUGUCUCAAAAUCUAAAGAACUCCCGUCAGAUUCAACAGAGUUCUGCGGAAUUUGCUUGAGUCCGUUUAUCAGGAGCUUGAUGACCGGCCUGGAGUGCGGGCACCGUUUUUGCGGCGACUGCUGGGCGAAAUAUCUCUCGGUGAAGGUGAUGUCAGAGGGGGAGUGCCUUUCCAUCUCCUGUCCUGCUCACAAGUGCGAGAUUUUAGUUGACGACACCUCCGCGAUGGCGCUGAUCAAGGAUUCCACGGUAAGGUCCAAGUACCAGUGCUUGAUAACGCAGAGUUUCGUUGAGUGCAACAGAUUAUUGAAGUGGUGCCCGGCUCCAGACUGCAACCGUGCGGUUAAAGUCCAGGAAGUGGAAUUUAAACCCGUAAAGUGUGUCUGUGGCCGUAGAUUUUGUUUCAAAUGCAGUGAAACGUGGCACGCGCCCAUUUUGUGCGAGUAUUUGAGAAAAUGGGUCAAGACUGCCGCUGAAGACUCGGCUACUUCCCACUGGAUCGGAAUUAACACCAAGGAAUGUCCCAAGUGCCACACGGCGAUCGAAAAAAAUGGCGGCUGUAACCACAUGACCUGCAGGAAAUGCAAAUAUGAGUUCUGCUGGAUCUGCAGUGUAAAUUGGGCGCACCAUAAUGUUAAUUAUAGUUGCAAUAGGUUUGAAUCUGCCGAAGCGCAGAAUGAACAGAUGAUCAACAGGUCCAAGCUCAACAGAAUCUUGUUUUAUUACGACAGAUAUGUCAAUUAUAAGAAGUCUUUUGAGAAAGAUAAUGACUUGUGCUUAAUUAUUGGCGAGACUAUAACCAAGUUCCAAGCUUUGGGCAUGUCCUGGAUGGAAGUUCAAUUUUUGACCAGGGCGCUGGAGGCGCUAAGACAGUGCAGGGUUACUUUGAUGUACUCGUACCCGUUUGCUUAUUAUAUAGAGCCUUGUAAUCAGAUGGACAUUUUUGUGGAUAAUCAGCGAGAUUUGGAGAUUGCGACUGAGGAACUGGCGCAAUAUUUGGAACGGGAGUUGCAGUAUGAUAGUGUGGUUGAGGUUAAGCAGAAGGUUAGGGACAAGACGGCUUAUUGCGAAGACCGGAGGAAGGUUCUGUUGGAUCAUGUUCAUGAAGGCUAUGACAAGGAUUGGUGGAAGGACAAUUCGCUUGCAUGA